GGCGGCGGAGGGGUAACAGAACCCUAGGUGCUGCGUCCUGGCGGUUCUUGACAUCUAGGACACGCGCGGUUCCACAUUCUACCGGGAGAAGUCCCAGAUAUGGGCUUGGGACCAUCGCCGGUCACUCUGCUCUUGGGGCUCCUGCUUUUCCAGGGCGUCCCAGCGCCGUUGUCGGGAGGCCCAGUGUUCAUCCCUUCUUUCAUCCGUAUGUCUGUCCCUGAGGUCAGUGCAUCCCUGGUUGGAGCCCCCGAGGAUGUGGCUGUGUCCCUGUCCCUGCUGCAGGCCGAGGCGGGAUCACUGCCCGUUCCUGCGUGUGGUGUGCUGAACAAUGACACAGGAGACUGGAGUUUGACUGUGACCCGCAGUGUGAAUGCGCUGGAAGUGACAGUGCGGUUGAAGGGGGCUCCACAGCGGUGUUCCUCCAAGGAGACGGACCCCUUCCCCCAGUCCCCGUGUCUCGUCCAAGCGCUGCUGGUUUCGGCCUCUCACAACUCAUCCUGUUUAGCGCAUCUGCCCAUUCAAGUGGAGAUUUACGCCAACUCCUCUCUGGCCCAGAACGCGUCAGAGAACGUGACUGUUAUCCCCAACCAGGUGUACCAGCCUCUUGGUCCAUGUCCUUGUAAUUUAACAGCCGGGGCCUGUGACGUUCGCUGCUGCUGUGACCAGGAGUGCUCCCCCGAGGUGACAGAGCUCUUCAGGGAGUCCUGCUUCACCGGCGUGUUCGGAGGGGACGUGAACCCGCUCUUCGAUCAGCUCUGCUCGGCGGAGCGGGCGCCAGGGGCCGCGGACUGGUUCCCGCUGCUGUGCGUGCAGUCGCCCGCCGCCAGCUCGCCCUUCCUCGGCUACUUCCACCUCGGCGCCGUCGCCCCAGGCACUUCGGCGCCCUCUGAAAUGUCCGUCCACACCGACCCAAAGGACUUUUCGGACUUCGGUUAUAAACAGGGAGACCCGGUUAUGACUGCGGACAAGGCAUAUUUUACCAUUCCCCAGGUGUCCCUGGCCGGGCAGUGUGUACAGGAUGCCCCAGUGGGGUUCCUUCAGAAUUUCGACGUCCGGUGUGUCACUGACUUGGAAGUCUACCGAGAACGAGAAGGCGCGGGCAACGCCAGGAUAAAGAAUGGCGCCGUAGGAGGCAUCGUCACACCAGAAGUGACCUAUGAGGAAGUGGCUGACCUGGACAGGUUCAUCGGUACAGAAAUACUUUUAAGUCCUGGAUCAGCCCCCAGAAACGUGACCGUGGAAGAACAUUAUGUUUUCAGAUGGAAUAAUAAUACAAUCAGUGACAUCCACGUGAGAAUUAUUAGGGCAGAAAUUAAUGCCCACCAGCAAGGAGUGAUGACACAGAGAUUCACGGUGACAUUUUUAAGCUACAACAGUGGUGAGGAAAGGGGGACAUCUGGAAACCCAGGUUACCAGCUCGGCAGGCCUGUUCGUGCUUUGGAUGCCAACAGGAUGCGUGACGUUUCAGCGUUACACCUUUGGCAGCCAGCUGGUAGCGGUCUGUGCACAUCGGCAACUUUCAAGCCCAUUCUGUUUGGAGAGAAUGCGCUCUCCGGGUGCCUCUUGGAAGUCGGGGUCAGUGAGGGCUGCGGCCAGCUCAGGAAGAAGGCCGUGGAAAUGCUUGAUCCACUAAUGCAGGCAACUCAUGUGGCGACAAGGGGCAACUCCGAUUACAGCGACCUCGGUGACGGCUGGCUCGAAAUCCUACGCAUGGGCACCCCCGACUCGGGUGCAGACCCGUCUGUGGGCAGCGUGAACGGCACCUGCCUGGACGUUCCUGCUCAGCUGCAGAUCCGCAUCCUCUUCUCCGACGCCGGCGCGGUGGAGGGGAUCGCUCAGCAGGAGAUCCUGGGUGCAGAGAUGAGGGUCUCCCCGGUGAACUGGCAGUUCCAGUGCGGGCUCACCUGCGAGCUCCAGGCCGGCCUGCUCCCUCUCAGCGCGUCCGUGCAGUUUAUUAAGAUACCCGCACAGUCUCCCCGGCCACUGACAAGAUUCCGGGUCAACUUUACGGAGUAUGACUGCAACAGGAAUGACGUGUGUUGGCCACAGCUGCUAUACCCACUGACCCGGGACUAUCAAGGGGAGCCCUAUUCCCAGUCCUUGGCCAAGGGCUUACUGCUGGCGUUCCUGGCUGUGUUGGCCGCGUUCCUCUGGCACCCCUGGCCCCGAAGACACACAACGUGACCAGUGGCCACCACCCAAGUCCUUAUGGACCACAGGCUUCUACUUUAGUGAUCUGUUGUACUCCGAUGCGCAGUUUUAAUAAAUGAAGUGUUUUAUUUUUGUAGGAAAUUUCUAUCGAGUGCUCUGGUGAAUU